UUUGACUCGUUCGAAGGAGUGUGAACGCUAUACUCGUUGGCGCAACUCAUAUCUCGGUCCUCGCGCUCAUAGCUCCGAUUUACAGAACUGCUAUAGAAUUUGCACGAGUAAAUCUGGCAACGCCGCCAUUACGCCUCUCGCUCGGUGUUCGAGCCAUUCGAGGCUGCGAGAGAGAAAGAGAGAGAGAGAGGCCAAUCGCGCGCAGCUACACUGAUCGAGCACCAAGUCUGCGGCAGCACAUAGCACAGGCACUUGUAGCGCCGUCAGUAUUUAUUACGGAUAACUGCGGGAUAUAUACUCGAUACGCGGAUUCGUGCGACGUCGACGUCGAGACGAGGUUGAUUGUAAACAAUCGACACAGUGACCAGCUGCAGUUGACUGCUGGCACGCGUCGCCUGCUCGGCCAGUAACCCAGUGAACAAGCCUAACAAAAAGUGCGUGAUUGUACACCAGUGGACUCUGUGUGGAUGCAGUAGCAGAGACGCGCGCUUUCGCUCAGUUCCCGAGCUCGCGGAUCCUGGUGCAACUGUUCAACGCCCUUAACCCGCGAGCACCACCAGUCUCCGGAGCAGCGCCACUGGCCAGCCAGAGGCCCGAAAACAUCCGACUAAACUUCCACGAGAGCUCGAGCGCUGCGAAACGAAGCGAGCGCGUCCUCCGACUCCUGGUGUUACGCACGACGUAGCCAAACCAUACCCGCUUACACCUGGACGGGAACCGGGUCCAAUCUCGUCCUCGGUCAUUCACCGAGACAUGUCGAGCGGCAUUUCAGGCCCAGCUGCAGUCUCCAGUGGCUCAAACUUCGAGACUCAGAGGCUAAGUCUCUUUUGGUGCCGGUGAUACACCAGAUAUCAACAUAUGUUAAUCAAAAACUUGGAUGACAAAUGGAUCCAUUUUCACCAUGGAGGUACAGUGUUUGUCCUUCGGAUAAUUUGAUCUUCAAUUAAAAAUAUUGAAAGCAGAACUUUUUCUGCUCAUGGUACUUAGAAGGUCGAGCAGUACUCCUCCACUGAAGAAAAUGGAGGAACCUGCCAAGAAGAAGCAGAGGAUCUUAAGUGAAGAUGAAGAAAGUGUAGAAGAAGUGUCUGAAAUAGCUCAGCUACAGAAUAACUUACUUGGUCAGUGUUUGUGUAAUGUGUCCGAAAGUAGCCUUCGCAAACCCUUCACAAAUACAGGUCUCAAUGACCAUGAGUACAAAUCUACUGUACUAUCAGAAUGGGAGCCAGACAAGUGCCUAGAAUUUUUGAGUGCCUUACAGCUGCUUUUUGAUGUAGCUAUAAAACAGAACGUACGUGGCUCAAUGUGCAGUCGCAUAUCAGAUGUAUGCAGAGCAUUAGCUAGAAAUGAGCAUGGAAUAGUGGAUCAAAUGAUAGACUUAUCAUGCUCGAACAAUAAAUUUAUAUCUUUUGCUACCAGUCGAGCCUUAGCUUCUUUUUUCAUAAUUACAAAAGAAAGUAUAGAUACAGCUUGGCUAGAAAGACUCACUCAGUCUCUUGUGAAUACAAAUUCACCUACUCAAAUGCUCUUUACUUUGGAUGUAGUCAAAAGGGUUGUGGAAUACAAAGAUUGUAGCAUUCAUCCACUCGAAGAUGCGGAAACAUCUCAUCCACCUCCUCAUUGCAAUAUUAUCGAUAUUUCAGAUCCUGAAAGUCUUGAUAGUACACCUGUGAAAGCAAUGUGUGUCAAAGCUUUAGAAACAAAAUGGACAGUCCUAGUGUCAAAAUUUGAUGCGAUUCUUGGUUCUUAUACGCCUCAACAUGAAUCAGCAGUUAUAACAUUCCUUGAUCUAUGGGAAUCUAUCAUUUCAGUCAAGGCUAAUUUGUCAGUUAUCGAUACUAAACUAUUUUACACACAAUUAGAUAAUUUAGUGGUUUUAUUGAAUGCCAAUGUACCUGGUGUGAUAUGGCGGCAUUUACUUGGUCUAUUUAAUGAAGUUCUCUGUUAUGGCAGUACUUUAGCACUUCAAGAUGUAUUACCGGAUGAACCAUGUUCAUUGGCUCAUUUAGUAGUUCGAGCAGUCAAAGAUUGGAGAUUACUAGAUUCAUUACCUUACAGACAUGGUUCAGGAAGGUUUGGUGGUGGUACUGGGGAUGGUGAUCAACCUUUGCUUCAAAAAAUUGUGCUGCUAGUUCUCAAAAGUGUAGCGGUAACAGUAAAGGAAACUCGCAGUGACUCAAGUGAUUCUUCUUUAGCAUCAGAUGCAGAAGAUCUUGAUGCAGACAUGGCCGUAAUAGAGCGAAGCAUACGAGAAGUUUUGAGACAGUUGGAUCAAUGUGUCAAAGUCUUGAUGCCUUUCCAUCCAGAAAUGCCUCUAUCUCAGUGGGUGGUUCAAAUGUUCCAUGACCAAGAUGAUUAUCUUAUAGAAAGUAUGGUCUGUUGUCUUGACGUAGCUAAUGGAUUAUUUUAUAGAGGUCCACCACAAAAUGAUUUGGGAAAUAUGUUGAGCCCAAGUUUAACAUUUGUACAAUUUAUUAGAGCAGUCUCACAUGAUCAUGAUGUGCUACUAGAUUUUCUUGUAAGCAAUGAAACUUGUUUUUUGCUUUAUUUGUACAGAUUUUUGAAAUAUAUUAGGCGCUUCUGGCCAGAAUUCGUAAAUUGCUGCGGCCGAGAUCUUGAUGAUACUAUGGCAGUAUUAGCCAAUCUCAAACAGGCUAUUGACAGACUUGUGUCCAAGGAUUUGUUUCCUUACAACAUCAAUCCAGUUCUCAGACUAUUGGAAAAAUGCGAGUCGCUUUACGAAGGAAACGUCGAUAAUUAGACUGAGUGCAAAAAAAUCACAUGAUGCACAUUUUUUAGCCUUUAUUAAGCAAGUAGAGUUCAUCGAUAAAUUUUGUUAAUCAUUAAUUUCUUAUGUACGUCGUAGAUGUGCAAAAUUGUAUUUUUAUGUAUGUACACAUGAGUUAUGAGAAUUUCGCAUAAAGUUAUUUUAUGUAAAUCCAAGUAACAACCAUAAUAUUAGAUCAUAAUGUAACAUUCUAAGGAAGUAAAAAAGUGCGUUUAUUUUUAUAACUAAAGUCAAAAGGUUCCAAACUGUACAUUACUAUUAUUAAUUAUGAUUAUUAUUUUAAUUCAGCGAUUUGCUCUCUCAUAAAACAUUUAAAUCCAAGUUAUUAUGAAAGAUCAAUGAAUUACUAAAUAUAUAACAAAUUUUGAAUUUUUUCAAAGUUGUUGUAAAAAAGUGCGAUCAAAUAUAUCAGUAUAUUUUGUACAUUAUUCGUAAUUACCAAUAUGUCCGUGGUAUAAUAGUCAUUUUGCAAUUACAUGGCACUGCUGUAAAUUAAACUACGAUGGAUCGAAUUCUGAGAUGUUUCGUAGGUCGUUGUAUAGCAUAAUAAAUGUUAAAAUUAAAAAUCAUAAUCAUUUCUAGGUGCAAAUAAUUGUCUUUUACAUUUUAAGUACAAACCAAGCAUUCCGAAAAAUUGUACCUUAAAAGUGUAUUAAUUAUUCCGUAAACUACUAUCGUUGGUGCUAUAAAUUAUAUGUAUCUGCCAAAGCACCAUAAAAACGAUCAAGUUUUAAAAUCCGAUCGAUUCUGUACGCCUUAUCAAUUCUUUUAUAGUUACUAGUAUAAAUGAUUCUGUUGAAACAUCUAGUGGAAAUUUUUUAUUGAGUUUUUGGAAUUGCAUAAGGAACAACAUUUUUAAUUCAAUCAUGGUUUAUCGGGUGGUUCAAGUCAUUAUUCAACUAGUACUAUAAUCAUUUAUGGUUAUAACAUUGUAUAUUUGUAUUACUUCAAUCAUGACACAUUAUGGUAUGAAAAAAUAGUUUCAUUCAAUCUCUAAUACUAUUGCAAAAACUUUCAUUUUUGGAUAAGAAAAUUAUAAAAUGCAUUUUUAUUUGUAAAGUAUAACUUAGGCACAUAUUAUGUAACAUCUUAAAUUAUCCAUAUACAGUGAAGGUUAACUAUAAUAAGUUGAAUUCUUAAUAAGUUAAUGGAAUAUUAUUAGUAAAAUUAUUUAUUCCUAAAACUGCGAACGUAUGGUUUUAUGCGGUAUAAAUAGCAAAAUAUAGAGUGUAAGGAACAUGACAUUUUUAUAAAAUUUCAUUUAAAAUUGUAUAUUGUCAUUAAAUUAUCAUGUAAAUAUGUUUAGUUUGAGAGAAAUUUAUUCGGAAAUUUUUUAUAAAUAAAUUAAUAAAAUAUCUUGUUUACUCACAUUUAUCAAGUUUAUUCUUUUACGAUUUCCAUUUCAUUUCUAUUACAAAAGUAUUUAGCUACAUUAUUGCUUCAUCAACAUUUUUAUUAGUAUCACAUCCAUUAAUAAAAUUUCAUUUAUUUGCAUGUGAUUACAAUGAAAUUAUUAGACAUCCUUAAAUAACAAAUAAUUAAUGAGGAAAGGCCGAAAUUAGACCUAGGCAUUGAAAUUCAUUACAAAGUUAUAAAUUAUUAGUUAAAAACUAAUUUGAACUUCAAAAACUGCUUUUAUACAAAAAUUAAAAAAGUAAAACUAGAGUAUAUUGAUUUUUCACAAGUUCUUUGCUUAACUUAAAUAAAAGUAGAGCAUACAUUUAAAUAAACAAAUUUUUAGUGUUAAAUAAUUUAGUUAGUAAAAAAAUAAGAUAUAGCAGUCUUAA